AUGUCUUACGAAAGACCAGAGGUUUACACUGCCCAAGUGUUGCCAGGUGAAGAUCCCCUGGACAACUCGUUCAAUGAGAUCACUAAGGCAUUUCGUUCGUUCAUCUUGGAAUUCAGAUUGAAUAACCUGUUCAUCUACAGAGACCAACUCAGAGAAAACUUGUUGAUCAAGAAUUACUUCCUCAAGGUCAGCUCCGAGCACUUGAUUGGAUUUAAUGAGGAGCUCAACAAGAAGUUGUCUGACGAGCCCGGCGAGAUGGUACCACUCUUUGAGAAUGCCAUUACUGACAUCGCCAAAAGAAUCGCUUACCUUUCUACUGAAGAUGUGCCCAAAGAUUUUCCCUUGUGCCAGUUGAUCUUGUACUCGAACUCUAGUAAGAUCUCCAUCCGUAACCUUGACUCUGAGCAUAUCUCAAAGAUUGUAAGGGUCAGUGGUAUCAUCAUUUCAGCCUCGGUUCUUUCAUCUAGAGCCACUCAGGUCCAGUUGGUGUGUCGCAACUGUAAACACACCAUGAAGAUGAAGGUGGCCUCCGGAUUUGGCUCACUCAACUUGCCUGGAAAGUGUUUGGCAACUCAUAAUCACGAGGAGGUACAUUCCCAGCAGAAAUGUCCUCCAGAUCCAUAUGUGGUUGUGCACGAUAAAUCCACUUUCAUCGACCAACAGGUGUUGAAGUUGCAGGAGUCACCAGAUGCUGUUCCAGUGGGAGAAAUGCCUCGUCACAUUUUGGUCCAGGUUGACCGCUACUUGACCAACCAAGUAGUGCCGGGGACAAGAGUCACCUUGGUGGGAACUUACCUGAUCUACCAAGCUAAGCAGAGAUCAAAUGGUACCAACAACACUGUGGCCAUUAGAAAUCCUUACCUCAAAGUCUUGGGAAUUCAGACAGAUGUGGAUACCGCUGCCCAGGGACUUACCUUCACCGAGGAAGAAGAGGAGGAGUUCUUAAGAUUAUCAAGAAUCCCCAACUUAUACGAUGUCUUCUCCAAGUCGAUUGCUCCUUCUAUUUACGGAAACGAUGAUAUCAAGAGAGCCAUAACAUGCUUGUUAAUGGGAGGUUCAAAGAAAAUCUUGCCAGAUGGCAUGAGAUUGCGUGGAGACAUUAACGUGUUGUUAUUGGGAGAUCCAGGUACUGCCAAGUCACAGUUGUUGAAGUUCGUGGAGAAAAUUUCGCCAAUCUCCGUCUACACCUCUGGUAAGGGUUCCUCUGCCGCUGGUUUAACAGCUUCUGUUCAACGUGAUAGUCAAACUAGAGAUUUCUACUUGGAAGGAGGUGCCAUGGUGUUGGCCGAUGGAGGUGUGGUGUGUAUUGAUGAGUUUGAUAAGAUGAGAGAUGAGGAUAGAGUUGCCAUCCACGAAGCCAUGGAACAGCAGACCAUUUCUAUUGCCAAGGCUGGUAUCACCACAGUUCUCAAUUCUAGAACUUCUGUUCUCGCUGCUGCUAAUCCUAUUUUUGGUAGAUACGACGACUUAAAAAGUCCGGGAGAGAACAUCGAUUUCCAAACCACCAUUCUUUCGCGUUUCGAUAUGAUCUUCAUCGUCAAGGAUGAUCACAAUGAGGCCAGAGACAGGCUGAUUGCCCAGCACGUCAUGAAUGUCCACACUGGUAACUCCAACAACAACAAUGAUGAUCAAGAAGGUGAGAUCCCUAUCGACACCAUGAAGCGUUACAUCCAGUAUGCUAAGUCCAAGUGUGCACCAAGAUUGAGUCCUGAGGCUGCUGAAAAGUUAUCAUCGCAUUUCGUUGCCAUUAGACGUCGUUUGCAGGUUAACGAAGCAGACAUGAAUGAAAGAUCGCUGAUUCCAAUCACAGUUCGUCAGCUUGAAGCUAUCAUUCGUAUUACCGAGUCCUUGGCCAAGCUCACACUACUGCCUAUUGCAACCAUUGACCAUGUGGAUGAGGCGAUUCGGUUGUUUUCUGCUUCCACAAUGAACGCUGUAGACCAGGGAAUCCAGAGUGGAGCAUUGAUGGCCUCAGGGAAGUUUGCAGAGCAGAUCAAGGCCGUCGAACACGAGUUGAGACGCAGAUUGCCUAUUGGUUGGUCGACCGCCUACAAGACGCUUCGUCGUGAGAUUGUGGAAUCUGGCAAGGCAACGCCCGAAGCUCUAGACAAGGCAUUGCACAUCAUGGAAAGACAUGAGGUGAUUCGCUUCCGUCAUCAAAGGCAGAAUAUUUUGCGUGUUGGUGUUUAA